AAAAUGGCGUCACCCUGACGGUUGGGUCCAUCGGGAACCUAGCAUUUGUCGUAAUGCGUUGGAGAUCUGGCAAAGUAGAUGUAACCGUAUUUUACGGCCUAUGGAAACUAUCGUCGCUACUAUUUCUGUAAAGAAUCCUUUCUCGAUGAUAUAAAGACUCUUAACAUGCGCCUUCCGUCAUCUGCGACCAUUUGGUAUAGACCGACUGGACCCGUUCCUUCGACUUCAAUCCCCAUCUGGACUCUCUCGACUCAAGACAGCAGUACUUUGCCGACUGUGGCUUGGUGUCACUUAAACAAAAUCUUUCGCCUUCCGAGUCGGUAUGGACGAGAGCGCGGCUUGCAGUCACUGCGGCGGGCCCUCUAGACAUGGAUGGGAAAGAAACAUCUGAGCCAGCAUCUCUGCUCCCAAGUAUCAUCUCUGUAAACCCACAAACGAGAGGUGCAACCAUCAUGGAAUCCAGGAUUGUGACUAGCGUUGACAUCAAGGCGGAACCAAGUACUCCUACGAUCGCGCUGGAUCCUAUCAUGACAAGUGUUGACAUAAAAGUGGAACCGAGUAGCCCUCCGCCUAUACUGCCUCUUAUCAUGACAAGUGUUGACAUCAAGGUGGAACCAAGUAGCCCUUCCCCUAUACUGCCUCCUGUUACUGUAGAUAUGCAAGGAAAAGAACUAUCAGAGCCACUAGCCCUGCUUCCAAGCACCAUCUCCCUAACCACAUUUACAAGCAGUACGGAGACUUCAGGAGAUGCAACCACUAUGGAUAGUGUCCCAAGAAUCUCCGAUGGCACUUCAGCAACUUCAGCGAGAAAGCCUGGUAGGACUGUCAGCAGGCCUGUCAGCACGUGUGAUCAGAAUAACGAACGUGGGAAUUGUUUUUCAAGCAAAGCGUCCGCAAAAGAUCACCUGCCCAAACCCUCAGGCAAGAAACCGCACGCCUGCCCCAUCUGCGGCCGCAAAUUUGCCAUGAGGUACCAACUCAAGAACCACAAUCGUAACAUCCACACUGCUGAGAUGCGGUUUGCCUGCGAGCUGUGCCCGUCCAAAUUCCGCAGGAAGAUAUCGCUGGACAGGCACAAGCAAUUACACGAAAGGGGUGUGGACCUCUGCCACUGCUUUGAGUGUGGCAAGACUUUUGAGCGGAUGACAGCACUGCAGCAGCACCUGAAGUGGCACAAGAGGGACAAGCCAUACCCGUGCCACCUGUGCCUGGCGAGAUUCACAAACAAGCACAACCUGGAGGACCAUGUGCGAACACACACGGGUGAAAAGCCGCACAAGUGCACCAUGUGCGAGAAACGCUUUGCCUGGAGGGCUGGCCUCAAAGUGCACGUACGCCGGAUACAUGGUGUAGUCGAGACUGCCGAGGCCACUCCCGAGAGCAGCGCGGAAGUUACGUUGCCGAGUACUAGUCCUUCAACUGCGCGGUCUCCAGGCCCUCUAAAUAUGGAUGGAAAAGAAACCUGUGAGCCAGCAACCCUGAUGCCAAGGGUCAUCUCCGUAACUCCACAAACAAACAGCACUGAAAGUUCAGGAGAUGUGGCCACCUUGGAUAGCAACUCAGGAAUACCUGGUGGCACUUUAGGAGCUUCAAUGAAGAAGCCUGGCAGCAGUGUCAGCGAGUGUUACGAGUGUACCGUGUGUGGGCGGCGUUUUAAGUGGAAGCACUGCCUGCUAAAUCACCGUGUGCUGCACACGGGUGAGAAGCCAUAUGCCUGCUCCAUCUGUGGUCGGAAGUUCGCCCAGCGCACCGGCUUCCUUAACCACAAGGCCAGCCACACAGAUGAGAUGCGGUUUGCCUGCGAGCUGUGCCCGUCCAAAUUCCGCAGGAAGAUAUCGCUGGACAGGCACAAGCGAUUGCAUGAAAGGGGAGUUGACCUGUGCCACUGCCCAGAGUGUGGGAAGACCUUUCAGCGGCUGACGGCGCUGCAAUGGCACCUGAAGUGGCAUGAGAGGGACAAGCCAUACCCAUGCCACCUGUGCCCUGCCAGAUUUAUAAACAAGGCGGACCGGGACAAUCAUGUGCUAGUGCACACAGGUGAAAAGCCACACAAGUGUCCCGUGUGUGAGAAAGGCUUUGCCUGGUGGAGUAACCUGAAAAUGCACAUACGAUCUAGUCACGGCAGUGUCAGGACAGCCAGGGCAAGUGUUAGCAGCAGUGCAGAAAUGAUAUUGCCAGACAGCCCUCCAAGCCAUUCCUAGUGCACUGCAACUAAAUGUGCUACAGCUUCUCCAUGAAGGACGCAACGGUGAAAAAAAUGCCAUGGCUCGAAGCCACGUAUGGUGGCUGACCUUGGAUGAAGACAUCACUGCCGCGGUGCCAAGUAUGUAUGUCAAGAACACCAGUGCGCUUGACGGCCAACAGCUAUAACGCUGUGGCCAUUCCCUGAAGAACCUUUGGUCAAUACUUCAUUUGAACAACUGAUACCUGGUGAUCAUUUCUGAUGCAUUUUCGAAGUGGAUAGAAG